AUGGCCGGUGAAUUUGAGAGAUACUUUUUGGCGAAGAAUGACAGUCUUAAAACCGUUGUUAAGCUAAACUGUGUCCUUAACGUUCCCCUGAUGCUCAUAACCAUUUCUGGCAACGCUUUGGUGCUCGUAGCUGUAAUGAGAACACCUUCGAUCCGUUCGCCAAGCACGAUAAUGCUAUGCAGUUUGGCGGUGUCUGACCUUCUCGUCGGCUUGGCAGUUCAACCGCUCUACGCUGCUUCUUAUUUAACAAGAAAUUAUUCGCUUUUCGAGGCAACGAGGACAUUGGGUUUUAUAGCAAGUGGUGUCUCUCUUUUCACAAUGACAGCCAUUGCAGUGGAUCGGAUCUUAGCUCUUCAUCACCACUUGCGAUACCCCCUGGUUAUGACUAAAAGUCGUGCCAUAUGUGUAUUGGCAACUCUUUGGAUCAUUACCGUCUUGUUAUCAUGCUCAGCUUUUCUCAACAAGAUUGUUUACGAAUUUACUAUAGCUAUUACCAUCGCGAUCUCUCUUUUCACGAGCGCCGUUUCUUACGUUAAAAUUUUUUGCAUCGUCCGACGGCAUCACUUACAGAUACGCAUUCAAGAAAAAGCGAUGGAAAGUGUUAAACACGGAAAAGUUCGUGAUUUUCAACGAUCGAAGAAAGGUGCUGUGAAUGCGUUCAUUUAUUUGAUUGCCAUGAUUUUAUGCUACACACCUAUGUUUAUUAGCAUGUCAAUCUCAGUUGAACUUUGGAAAAUUGAAUGGAUCUUGGCGGAUACCUUAGUGUUUAUCAAUUCGUCCAUCAAUUCAUUUCUUUACUGUUGGCGCCUUCGCGACCUUCGAGCAGCCGUUUUAAAAACUAAAAGGCAGUGUUUGUGUCAAAUGAUAGAAUAAAAGAG